AUGCCUGAGCUUAUUAACGCCAACCCGACUGUCUAUAUCCCUUCAAAACAGUCCUAUCGUGUCACUCGUGCUGAGGAUGACAACGAAGAUGUCGACGAUGUCAUUGAUUCGCAAGAAGUUUUCGAUCUAAUUCGUGCAAUAUCGGAUCCAGAGCAUCCUUUAACACUCGAACAAUUAAAUGUUACACGACUAGAGCACGUAGCAGUGGACGACAAGAAUAACCACAUAGCAGUCGAAUUCACACCUACAAUUCCACAUUGCUCGAUGGCUACUCUAAUCGGAUUAUGUAUCAGAGUACGACUGUUGAGAAGUCUGCCCGAGAGAUUCAAGGUCGAUAUUAAUGUGAGAAAGGGAACUCAUCAGUCAGAGCAGGCUGUUAAUAAACAAUUGAAUGAUAAGGAGAGGGUCGCUGCUGCAUUGGAGAAUCGUCACCUGCUGGAAGUAGUCAAUCAAGUAGAGUAUUGUAAUUUGGUGGCAUUAAGUGACGAUUAA